AAACGCACUGCAUGCAGUUCGCUUGUGUUAGCUGGCUAGCUGUCUAGCCGAAGGCCCACCAUUGAUGCUGAAUAAUAUUUCUCGCAAAUGCGUUCUCGUGAAGGCACGCCAGUAUAGCAGAUGCUUGAUCACGAACGCUCCGAUGUCGGGAGUCGCAACAUGACUCAUAAGUUGGGAGCCCGGGAGGAGACCUGGGGGCCAAGAAAAAAAAGAAGAAACAGAAGAGGAAGAAGGAGAAGCCCAGUUCAGGAGGCACCAAGUCUGACUCGGCCUCUGACUCCCAGGAGAUCAAGAACCCAGCCAUACCCAUGCAGAAACUGCAGGAUAUCCAGAGGGCCAUGGAGCUGCUGUCCACAUGCCAGGGUCCCGCCAAGAACAUCGAUGAGGCCACCAAACACAAGUACCAGUUCUGGGACACCCAACCCGUUCCAAAACUCAACGAGGUCGUCACCACCCAUGGCCCCAUUGAGCCGGACAAGGAGAACAUUCGCCAGGACCCCUACUCCCUGCCCCAGGGCUUCAUGUGGGACACGCUGGACCUCAGCAAUGCUGAAGUGCUAAAGGAGUUGUACACGCUGCUUAAUGAGAACUACGUGGAGGACGACGACAACAUGUUCCGGUUCGACUACUCGCCCAACUUCCUCAAAUGGGCACUGCGGCCCCCAGGCUGGCUCCCGCACUGGCACUGUGGAGUGAGGGUUUCCUCCAAUAAGAAGCUGGUGGGUUUCAUCAGUGCCAUUCCCGCCCACAUCCACAUCUAUGACACGUUGAAAAAGAUGGUGGAAAUCAACUUCCUGUGCGUUCACAAGAAGCUGCGGUCCAAACGCGUGGCCCCGGUGCUGAUAAGGGAGAUCACCCGGCGGGUCAACCUGGAGGGGAUAUUCCAGGCUGUGUACACGGCUGGUGUUGUCCUGCCCAAACCCGUGUCCACUUGCAGGUACUGGCAUCGAUCUCUGAAUCCAAGGAAACUGGUUGAAGUAAAAUUUUCCCAUUUGAGCAGAAAUAUGACUUUACAAAGAACAAUGAAGCUCUACAGAUUGCCAGAUACCACCAAAACGGCAGGCUUGCGCGUCAUGGAGAAGCGGGACAUCAAACAGGUCACAGAGCUGCUAGACAAGUACCUGAAGCAGUUCCACCUGCGGCCCGUCAUGGGUGAGGAGGAGGUGUCGCACUGGUUCUUACCGCAAGAGAACAUCAUAGAUACUUAUGUUGUGGAGGGCCCAGGCGGAGUGCUGACGGACUUCACCAGUUUCUACACCCUCCCCUCCACCGUUAUGCACCAUCCCAUCCACAAGAGCCUGAAAGCGGCGUACUCUUUUUACAACGUUCACACGGAAACCCCUUUGAUGGACCUGAUGAACGACGCCCUAAUCCUAGCCAAGCUGAAAGGCUUUGAUGUGUUCAAUGCACUGGAUCUAAUGGAGAACAAGACAUUCCUGGAAAAGCUGAAAUUUGGUAUAGGAGAUGGGAACCUGCAGUAUUACCUGUACAACUGGAAGUGUCCACCAAUGGACCCUGAAAAGGUUGGGCUUGUGCUCCAGUAAGUGCAGUUGUUUACAGUCGCCACUCUGCACAUAUUAAGAUUGGAGACAGGCUGCGACUUCACAUCUCGAACCCACCGGAACUGCGUUGAAGAGGCAGCCCGGGAGCUGGGUAAAGAAAAAGAGAAACCAACAAUCAAAAACGUGAAUGGAAACCAUCACUUCAAACUGUUCUCCUAGGUCUUGUUUAUUUAAUGAGAACAUUAUUUCCGAUCACACAGAAGUGAUGCCUCUCUCAACCAUUACCCUGAAUGUGAAACCAUAGUCUGCUCAAGACUGACUUUCAUAAAUCUUUUUUGUCCAUCCAAGAAAGAAAUGGAGUUUUUUUUUUUUUUUCCAUUGUUUUAAAUACGUAUACACACAUACAUACACAUUACGCAUACAGCACAUGCACACAUAGGAUUCCUAUGUGUCAGAAGAAUGAAGGUUGUUUUUAAGAGAAAAAAAUCCAAAAUGUCUAAGUUCUUUUUGUACUACAAAGGUGCAUUGGUAUAUGUACAUCUGAGAAGGAAAAAGUUCUGUACAUUAAUGCCAGAUAUUUAUUGAUGUCUUAUGUGGUUUACCUGAGGGGAACAAAAAGUCCAAAGUAUUUUAUUUAGCGCUAACUUUGAUGUCACAAACUUUGGCGUUCCAACAGGAACUCAGUAUGAGAUAUUUGAAGCGUGUAUAUUUAAGGAAGUAUGUAGAUUUUUUUGAAGCACAAUGUGUUCUUAAAUGAGCCGAGUCUUUACAUUGACCAGGUGGUUUGGCAAAAUGUAGACGUGGAGAAAAACGUCUCCAAAUUUUACCAAUGCCCGUGGUGUUUUUUUUUUUUUUUAAUUCCCCCCCCCCCCCAUUUGCCAAGCCACCAUUAAACAUUCCUCAAGCACUCUACGGUAAUAGCCUUUCUGAUAUUUAGAAUGUCUUGGUUGAAAACGUGUUACUGAAAAGGGGUUUAACUUUUUUUUGCAAGGAUCACCAUGAAUCAGAAUUAGGUCACUACUGUAUGGGCUGUUCUGCGCCUUGUGAUUAAUAUGCUUAACUCAGAUCCAGGGGCAUUUCUGCUCUUGGAGCAAUCAUUUAAGGCAGGGAAGUAUCCAGACAAUUUCUGCUUUUUCCUGUUUUUUUUUUGUUUUGUUUUUUUUUUACCUCCAAUAACAUUCUUCUGGAAAGAAUGUCAGGACCUGACUUGUAGUUGUUUAAUAUUCGAGUCACUCUGGUGAAAGCUGGAUAUAAUGCAUUUACAUUAAGGUAAUGAACAGCUUAGUACUGUACUGAAUUGAACCAGAGAUGUACUUUUCUUUGAUGCUUAAUGCUUCACACAUAAUUAAAUGCUUUAAACGUUU